AUAACAAAAUAUCAGAAAUUAAAGUUCAAAAUAAAGAACACGAAUUAUUAUUAGUUGGAGUUGAGAACAAUUUAUCUAAGACUUUAUUAAAACUAGAACAAUGUCGUACAACAAGUUUUAAUUUAGAACAAGAUAUAGUAGAAAACACUAAAUAUCUGAAUGAUCAAGGAUUUGCAUUAUCUGCAUUAGAUUCUGAAUUGAAGAAAUUGUAUACUGAGAUACAAAAUAAAACAAAACACAUUGAUUUAGAAAAUAAACAAUUGGAAAUAGUGAAAAAGUUGCAUGAUGAAGGUUAUACUUUGACUCCUCAAAUUCAAAUCGAUCAAGUUAAAAAUAAAAUUGAUGAAGUAGUAAAAGAAACUAAUUUCAUGAAACAAUCUUGGAUUCAAAAACAAAAUAAAAAUAUACAAUUAUUAGCUCAACUAAAUAAUCAGUUUAAUGAACUUGUAAAAGUACGCAAAUAUGAUUUAGUAAUGGAUACAAAAAAUAAAAAACUAGAAAAAGAAAUUGUUUCUUUAUCCAAAGAAGUUUACCAGUAUAAACAAAUACUUACAAACAUGAGAAAUACAAUUUUGAAACUUAAUGAACAUUUUAGCAAAAAUAAAGAGAAAAGUAGUAUGCUUUUGAAUGAAAAUGAAUGGAUACAGUGUUCUUAUUUAGCUGAAUUAAAGGAAAAUGAAAAACUGUGUUUAGAAUACAUGGAUCAAUUAAAGUUAUUAAAAAAUGAAUUGAAUGAAUUAAAAAAUGUAUACAUGGAAAAACAACGUGAAAGUAAAUCAUGGGAUACUAAACUUCUAUUGCUUGUUGAAAUGAAAAAAGAAAUUAAGAACAAAGAAGGUGAUUUAGGUGAUAUUGAUAUUAUGAAAAAUGAAAUUCAUAGAAUGCAGAUUAGAGAGUGUCAGUUGAAAAAAAUACUGGAAAAAAUAAUGUUAGAUUUAGAAGUAUGCAUAUCAAGACGUGAAACAAUUUACAAUAAAGUUGCAGCCAAGGAUAUUCGUUUAAAGGGAAAAAAUGAAGCCAAACAAAAUUUUUUGAAGAAGCUUGAUUACCUGCGAAUAAAUAUCAAAAAAAUUAAAACUGAAUGCAAAAAGUUAGAUUCAAAUAUAAGUGUUUUAGAAAAUGAUAAAAUUAAAUUGGAGAAUAAACUUGCAUACUUAAAAUUUAGUAUGAUCAAUAUUGAAAAGAGUAUUAAUGAUAUCUUGCGAAAUAUUGAAGAUAUUGGAGCUACAAAAAUUAAGAACAUUCAUAUUUUAAGCUACAAACAAAACUAUGCCAAAUUCUUGGAUACAGUUAAAAAAGGACACUACCGUUUGCUGAUAAAAAGUGAAUCAAAAAUGAAUGAUGAAUUUUCUGACGAGUGGAAGAAAAAUUCUGACUUAAUAAGUGUUGUAGAUGCUUUGAAAAACGAUUUUCCAUUCUUGGAUUUUCAAAUUACACGUUUGCUGUGUAUUUUGAAGUCUAUUGACAAUAAGUCAUAGUUAAUAA